AUGAGGCCACAGCUUCCAAUCACCUUAGUUAAUAAGAUAAUUUUUACAGGUAAAACUGAAAGUAUUUGGGGCCAUGUAGCGCACACUAAGCCAUGUGCCAUUGACAACUGCUCAAAUGGUGACGUCGCUGCUGACUCGUAUCAUUUGUAUAAAAGAGAUGUUGAAAUUAUGCGCGAACUUGGCCUAGACUACUACAGAUUUUCUUUAUCAUGGCCGCGAAUUUUACCCACUGGAUUCCCGGAUAAGAUUAACGAGGCGGGAGUCCAAUACUACAACAACUUAAUCUAUGAAAUGCUCAAGUACAACAUUGAGCUAGUAGUCACAAUCUAUCACUGGGAUUUGCCACAAAAACUACAGGAGAUGGGUGGCUGGACAAAUCCUUACAUAAUAUACUGGUAUACAGAUUACGCGCGAGUUGCUUUCGAAUUAUUCGGAAAAAAAGUGAAAAAUUGGAUCACUGUUAAUGAACCAGAGCAAAUCUGCUAUUUUGGAUACGGUAAUAACCUGCACGCGCCAUUACUCAAUAUUACAGGAGUAGCUGACUACCUAUCUGCCAAAAACGUAUUGUCAGCUCAUGCCAAAGCGUGUCAUGUUUACGAUGAAGAGUAUCGGCCAAAUCAAGGAGGUACUAUUUUCAUUUCAAUAAGUGCUCAAUACUACGAUUAUGAAUUCAAAGUAUAUAAAGAUGCCGCCGAAGACGCUAAUGAUUUUACGUGGGCUAUAUAUUCUCAUCCAAUAUUUUCAAAGUAUGGUGAUUUCCCUUCAUCUGUAAAGGAAAGAGUUAAAGCGAAGAGUAUUCAACAAGGCUUCCCAAGAUCUCGACUACCCGAAUUAACUCCUACUGAAAUUGAAACCAUCAGAGGCAGUUCCGAUUAUUUUGGAUUAAACCAUUACUACACGUUCUAUGUGUAUAGGAACGAAUCUGUCAAAGGCUUAUAUCCAUCCCCAUCGAAAGACGAUGACCUUGAAGUUGCAAUAUAUCAGAAAAAAGAGUGGAAAGGCGGUCAAAUAAAUGUUAACAAGAUCGUACCGUCGGGAUUCUACAAACUUUUGACAAAAAUAAAAAAUUAUUAUAAUAAUCCACCUGUUAUUAUCACGGAGAACGGCUUCGCAACAAAAAGGGGAUUGGACGACGAUGAUCGCGUCACUUAUAUCACAUUUUAUAUUAAUGCUAUGCUCGAUGCCAUCGACGACGGAUCCGACAUUCGAUCUUACACGGUUUGGAGCAUGAUGGACAGUCUCGAAUGGCUCGGGGGCUUCAGGUUGCAUUUGAAGGAGGAUUUCAAAACUUGGAAAUGUCUACGGACAAUUCAGUUUUACAGAAUUGAGAAGGUCUCGAUAAAAGCUGCUAAUAAAGUGAAAAUUCGGGCUUUUAGUUAUCUUUAA